AGUGGAAUAAAUGCCUCACCAUCAGAAAACAGUGUGGGUGAAAGCUACGGUAUAUUUCCUCUGUAUUGGCUGUUGGACCACUUCCGAUGUGUCAACAUGAAUUUAGUCUAGUCUUUGAUGCCAUGCAGAGUUUCUUAACUGUGUUUUGAUGAGUGAGCAAUAAAAGCGCAACCACUGAGGGGGUGUUUCAUCUGUUCAGUUUUUUUUUGUUGAAGAGAUUUGAGUGCCUCAGGCACCAUGCAAAAAGGCAUUAUUUUUCUUCUGGUUAUUUGGAACUCAUCCCCUUUCUCCUCAGAACAUUCAGCCACAAAUCACCUUCACUUCCCACUGGGAUGUCAAGCUGUGAUACCUUGCCAACAUUACAGAAGUGAUUUAAACUCUUUAACAUGGAAUUACAAGAAAGAUGAACAUCAUCAACCAAUCCAGAUAUAUUUUCAAGAUAAAAAUGGAGUACAACGCCAUCAUCCACUCUUGCGCUCCAGAAUGAAGGUGUCACGCAACGGUUCCUUGGUCAUUGAUUCUCUCACAGAGGAUGAUCAAGGCCUUUACUGGUGUGAGAAACCACACAGUGACAUAGUCAUCAGCGUGAAGAAAGAAAUUCUGAAAGAAACUGGUAAGACAGUCUACGUUAUUGUAGGCAGAGUUUUUACUCAUGCAUGUCCGGGUGAAUGGACUAACUUAAAAUGGACAUUUAAAGCAAGUAACAUGACAUCAGAAUCAGACUUUGUGACUUCCAACAAGUCUAUACACAUUGCAAAUGUCAAAAGAGCAGACGCAGGGAAAUAUACCUGCUGGAAAAUUGGAUGUAAUAGACACAGGCAGAAGCUGCUUACAAUCAACUUGUGUGUAAUAACAGUAAACCACAGUGAUGAUUCAUCUGUUUGUUGUACUGUGAUGUGUGACAUGGAAUUCAGUAAAAUCAAACUAAACAACACACUCAAUGUGGAGACAGGCACAAGGACAAUACCAGUGCUUGUAGAUACAAAUGGAAUAAAUUGCAGUGCAAAGCAGAUGUCUGAUGGAUGCAGUUCAGUUAACAGCACUCGUGGACCAUCAGGUGGGUGUUUUGCUGUAUCUCUCUUUAAGGAGGUCAUAGCCCGAAGCAAAGGAAUUUCAAUUCUUAUGUUUUUUGGUUUUACAGAUAUACCUACAGAGCUUGAAUAUCUGAUUCCAGUUGUUUAUGGAACAUCGGCAGCCCUUACAUGUAUUAUUUUAAUGGCACUUUUAAUUUGCUACCUCAGACAAAGAUUGCGGGCAGCGUUUCCUGUUCACCUUUGUUGCUGGGGCUUGAAUGGCAGGGUGGAAGAGGAGACUUCAGUGGUUUAUUCAUCAAUUAUCAUCAGGAGACCUGCUAAGACCACAAACAAUCAUAUGAGCAGUGACAGUAGUUGUGUGUAUAGUGAAAUAAAAGUACAGAGAACAAUUCCAUAAAUUCCACUGUUAUAAAGAUAGUUCCCAUAGUCUUUCAUGAGAAAACGUGUUUGUAACUUCACCCACGCGGUUCAAAAGGGGAAUUUUGAAGCUUUGGGUCGGAUUAGGAAGUUUCCUAACUGGGUGAAAUGAUCCAAGUGGCACCUGCGGGAGCGGGUUGUAUUCUCUACACAAUAAAAAAGUAAUGUAUAUUUACUGAUAUUGUAGCUGCAGCGCAUACAGAGGUGGAAAAGAAAGAAUGUGGAAAGAAUACUCAUAUUUAUGCAUGCACUGUAUGCACAUUUAUGGGAUAUUAUACUUUACUUU